AUGUCCUCCACACCUCUCUUCAUUUGCUAUGGCUCGGAAACUGGAAACGCUAAAGCCAUAGCCACACGUAUCUACAAGGCUUGCUCCGAACUUCAACUUUCAAAAGAUACCCAACUUCAGACUCUUAAUGACUUUGCAACCAACUACAAGCUUCGAGAUCGAGCCAAAACAAUGAAACAACCAACUACUACAGACAAUGUGUCACCACAUAUUUUGGACAAUAAGGUGAACAUGAUUAUUAUUUGUUCAACAACUGGAAAUGGAGAUGUUCCUCAGAAUGCUGACAAUUUUUACCGAUUCAUCAAGCUGAAAUCUACUCCAGCACAAUUUUUCGCUAAUCUUUCUUAUUCACUUCUAGGACUUGGAGACAGUAAUUAUGACUCAUUUUGUAACGCAGCAAGAAAUAUUGACAAGAGACUUCUAGAAUUGGGAGCUGAAAGAAUUGGUGCUAGAGCAGAGGCUGAUGAAGUCGUUGGAUUAGAGGUUUCUGUUGAACCCUAUAUUGCUCAAGUACUUCAAACAUUAAGAAAGAUUUACACGGAGAGUGUGGAAUCAUCCAGCAUUGCCGAGAGUGUGGAUACUGCUCGUUCUCCUCGUGGAGCCGCAACUGAUAACGCCUCUUUAAUUCAGCCUCCAAAUACACCUCCCAGAAAUGUCACAUCAUCGUCGACGAGUAAUGUAUCUCCAUCAUCCCUGACCGGCCAAUCCUCAAUCACCUCUUCUUCUUUCAGCGGAAAUACUGAACCAACGGACUCAUUCCCAAUACCAAGAAAAUUAUCAUCAGGAGGAAAGGAUCAACUUGAAGCACUCUCAACCCUCAUUGCAGCUUCUCAUUCAUCUGCCACUGAGUAUUUGACCAUUGUGAGAGCUGAAAAAUUAGAAGAAAAAGCCCAAGUAGAUGAUUUGGCUUAUUACAAUUUGCGAUUGGAAGAAUUAUUUGGCUCUCAUUGUGACAGUAGUGAAGAUAAUUUGAUCUUUGAGAGUGAUGAGCAUGUACCUGCUUCAAAUGUCGCAAAAACUCCAAACAUUUUUUACUCCUCCAUUCGAGGAGCUCGUUAUUUGACUACCACUGAGUCAUCAAAACAAGUUUUACAUCUUGAGCUAGACAUGACCAAAGCUCCUAUGAGUCAAGAGGCUUCAUUUAAGUAUGAACCUGGAGAUGCAUUGGGAAUAUUUUGUGAAAAUGAUCAUGAACACGUUGACUCAUUAAUUGAGAAGCUUAAAGAAAGAGGAUCUCUCAAAUUAACACCAAAUGAUGCACCUCUUUCUGACACUGAUCCAAUUUGCAUCAAAUGCACAGAUAAUUCCAAACUUUGCAUUUUUCCAAAACAUAUUUCAUCCGGUGAAAACGAAAUUGUUAAUAUCAGAACGAUUCUAACAAAGCGUGUGGAUAUCAUGGCACCAGUGACCGUUCCAAUGUUGCAAGUUUUGGCCAAAUAUUGUUCAAAUUUCAAUGAAAAGAACGCCAUCCUCAAACUCACAUUCGACACUGCUCUCUACAACUCUCAAAUUGUUAAGCAAAGGGCUAAUUUAUUUGAUAUUCUUUCGUGGUAUCCUUCAUGCAAACCUCGAUUGAGUCAUCUUCUUCAAGAGUUACCUCCUCUUCUUCCUCGAUACUAUUCCAUUUCAUCAUCUCCUAUCAAGCAUCCUGAUGAAGCACACAUUGCAUUCAGUAUUAUCAAAUUUGAAACACCUCCUCCAUAUCAUACCAUUCGCUAUGGCUCUUGCACGUCAUGGUUGCAAAAUAAGGCCAAAAAGUUUUGGUCAAGUGAGGAGCAAGUCAACAUUCCAGUGUUCGUAAAACCUUCUCCCAACUUUAGACUUCCAGAAAAUUUGAAUACACCCAUUAUCAUGAUUGGACCUGGUACAGGUGUGGCGCCUUUCCGAGGUUUUUUGCAACAUCGGGAAUGCAUGCUAGACAAGAAACAAUCGGAUGGCGUGAAUUGGCUCUUCUUUGGAUGCAGAAGUAUGAAGGCUGACUUUUUGUAUCGUGAUGAUCUGAGAGAUUUCGAAACUAAUAGCUUUGUUAAUUUGAACUUAUUGGUGGCGAGUAGCAGAGAGGCCGAUUCAGGAGGAGGUAUUUGGUAUGGUGGUUCCUACGUACAAGAUUACCUCCGUGAAUAUUCUGCCAAUAUUGUGGAAAUGAUGAUGAUGAAGAAGGGAGUGUUGUAUGUGUGCGGUGACGCACAAAGUAUGGCCACUCAAGUCAAUCGAGUGCUUCAUCAAAUCAUUGAAGAGGAAUGCAACUAUUCACCAGAGCAAGCCAAACAAGUAGUUUCAGAAUGGCAAGCAACCGGUCGCUAUCUCAAAGAAGUGUGGAGUUAA